CAGUUGUGGCUAUUUUGCUGCGGCUUGGUGCAAACGAGUAGCUCCCAGUUAAAAGUUGCAUCGUGAUAAUUUGCAAUGUUCCAAUCUCUCUUAUGCAGGUGACGCUCCAUUGCUUUAUUGAGCAAAAAAGACUUUGCAAUCCUGGGGGCUAAGGCUGGCCACUAAAGCAUAUGGAAACCCAAAGCAAUGCAGGGUAAAAAAUUUGAAAAGAGUUAAGGAAUCUUGCUUUGUUUGUUUCAUUUUGUCAAUGACCGAGUUUGGUUUAGAAGGGUUCGUUGGCCUAUUUCAAUACGGUGCUUUGAAACAAGGUUCAAUGGUGAGCAUUCGGGCAACAUUGAAGCACACACCAACUAAGCACAAGCUUAGCCAUACGACCAACCCAAGUCUACAAACUCACUACAGCAUUACUCGCCAACGACAAGGUACGAAUGGUUAGAACAAGGAAAUGCAUGCCAAUCGUUUUCGUUAAAAAAACAAAAAGAAGUUGUUGAUUGCAUCAUCACUCAUAAGGUUUAUAGCAUAUAGGGUCGAGCACUACAACCGUGCAAGUUGAAGCAUAAUUCACAACUCGUCCAUAAUUGUCUAUCAACAUCUAUCCCUAUUUCUGUCACCUUCCAUGGCAGCUUUUGGACCUCCAGAAGGAGACAGGAAAGAGUUGGAACACGGCUCGGCACCCUACUUCUUGUGUGCUCUGUGACGGAGCAUUCCGCCACUGUCGUUUUGUUUCCUUCCUUCCUUUCAUCAUCGAUCGUUUCGUUUCUCAUUCUUGGUUGAUUUUUGUUUUUUUUUUUUUCUCUAUCUCUCUGUGGAUAAUCAUGAGCGGGCAGGAAGUUAGGGCGAGAGGUGAGAGGUUAAGGGAUGGAGGAGGUUAUGGACAGUCUUUCUCUUCGAGUUUGCUUGAUGAAAUCUACCGUUCGAUUGACGAUGGAGGCGAUAAGAGAAGUGGAGAAUUGAAGUUUUACAGACAUAAGGUGUUGAAGAAACAAGGUAAAACAAUCGGGGAGGAAGAGAUCGCGAGUCUUCAUCGAGCUUUGCUGAUCGAGAGAUGGAUCGAGAAGAAGGUUGCUGAAAAGGUGAGCGCUCAAAGGAGACGAUCUCUGACGGAAGCUGAGAUAAAAUUUCAGUUGCACCAGCAUGAUCGGGAAGAAGAUGUUCUCUUCUUCAGUUCCACUUCGAGUUCUUCCGAUUCGAGUUUCGGCGGAUUUUCAUCUUCGGAUACCGAAUCAAUGCAUGGCUCGAAGUCCUUGACGCCGUCUUGUUUUGCAAAGUUCAGGCCGAAACCGGUUCGGACCAGUGCCUCGGCUCUACCGCCAGAGAAGACGGAGGCAAAGCAAAGACAGAGUAGAGAAAAGCCACAGUCGAAACAGAGCAAUCAAUGCGUCGAAAACAAAGAAUCGCGAGAUUUGGACGAGAACGCCAUGAUUAAGUCGAAAUCUAGGGCAUUGAAGAUAUACAAUAACUUAAAGAAGGUGAAGCAGCCGAUUUCUCCAGGAGGACGCCUCUCAAGUUUUCUCAAUUCAAUCUUCACUGCAGGAACUCCGAAGAAACAAGCACACUCCGUAACAUCAACCGGAGCCUCUGAAGAUCUUAAUUCAGAGAGGAAAUCAAAAUCCGGCCAAACUUCGACUUGCUCUUCCGCUACAUCGUUUUCAAGAUCAUGUUUGAGCAAAAAUUCGCCAUGCUCAAGUGAAAAAUUGCGCAACGUCGACAGGAGAACGGUUCGAUUCUAUCCGGUGAGUACAAUCGUAGACGAAUAUUGUAAACCUUGCGGACACAAAUCCUUGUACGAUGAAGGACCUAAGUUCCAAGUCAAGGAUAAGCCGCAAACAGCAGAAGCAACAGCAGCAGCCAGAACCAUUUUGACAGAUUAUCAACAAAUCAGGAAUAAGAAGGAUUUCCUCGUAAGAAAAUUUCACCAUCCGAACAAUGAUCUCUACCAAGAAGAAAAAGAAGAAGAAGACGACACAGCAAGUUGUUCGAGUUCAGAUCUGUUCGAGCUAGAUCACCUGACGGUAAUGAGCGGAGAUCGGUACCGCGAAGAGCUUCCGGUGUACGAAAGAACCACUGGUGUGGAUACCAAUCGAGCCAUCCGCCACCGCUAAUCAGGUUUCUUACUUAUUAAUUCCAUUUCUUUUAGUAUCAUUCCUGAGCCAUAAAUCUGUUACACUGAUUGUGUUUGUGCUGCAAUUUUUUUUACAAAAAAAAAAAAAAAA